UGUAAUCUUGGUACCUGCCUUCCACCCUGGAACAGCGUUGCUACGAGGCCUACAAUCGGAAUCCGGCUUCCCUGAUCGAGGAGCAGAUUGAAGGCGCUCGCCGGAGAGUCAGUCAGCUGCAGCACAAGAUCCGCCAAGAGACAGGAGGGUUUCUGGUGAGUGAGUGGCUGUGGGGGUGGGGGCUGUGUUGCGGAGGGGGCAGCGUGGACCGUCAGCUGCAGUGAGGAUGGGUGAAGGUUGUGACAGGCUGAGCCUGGCGAUGUUCAGCGGACAGUGGAAGUUGGUGAUGAGAGAUCCUGUGCCGCCCACAGAGCACGCCAUGCUCCAUCCAAACAGAGCAGGACACAGUUCUCCUGUUGUGGGCGGCUGCCAGCCACACACUCCUCCAUCCCAUUCUCCUCUUCCACCUGGAGCCCUGUUUUUCUCCCCCAAAUUUCAGUUGGCAUUCUGCAGCCACAGAACAAAUAUGCUCAGUCCCCAGUGGGGAAUGCAUCUUGCCACAUCAGGCUUUUGUCCCUUAUAAAGUAAUUAUUCUAUAAUGAUAAUACAGUGGUACCUUGGGUUACAUACGCUUCAGGUUACAGACUCCGCUAACCCAGAAAUAGCGCUUGAGGAUGAUAACAGAAAUCGUGCUCCGGCGGCGCGGCGGCAGCAGGAGGUCCCAUAAGCUAAAGUGGUGCUUCAGGUUAAGAACAGUUUCCAGGUUAAGAACGGACCUCUGAAACGAAUUAAGUACUUAACCUGAGGUACCACUAUAAUAAUAAUGAUGAUGAUAGUAGUAGUAGUAGUAAUAAUAAUAAUAAUAAUAAUAAUAAUAAUUUAUUAUUUAUACCCUGCCCAUCUGGCUGGGCUUCCCCAGCCACUCUGGGCGGCUUCCAACAAAAUAUUUAAAAACCGUAAUACAUCAAACAUUAAAAGCUUCCCUAAACAGGGCUGCCUUCAGAUGAUGUCUUCUAAAAGUCUGGUAGUUGUUCUUCUCUUUGACAUCUGGUGGGAGGGCGUUCCACAGGGCAGGCGCCACCACCGAGAAGGCCCUCUGCCUGGUUCCCUGUAGCUUUGCAUCUCGCAGUGAGGGAACCGCCAGAAGGCCCUUGAGGCUGGACCUCAGUGUCUGGGGAGAACGAUGGGGGUGGAGACGCUCCUUCAGGUAUACUGGGCCUUUGAGGCCGUUUAGGGCUUUCAAGGUCAGCACCAACACUUUGAAUUGUGCUCGGAAACGUACUGGGAGCCAAUGCAGGUCUUUCUAAAAUAAUUUUGAAAUGCCUGGGGAGAGUGUUGCUGUUGCUCUCAGGUCUUGCUUGUGGGCCUCGCUUUGGGGCAUCUGGUCAGCCACCAUGAGGGCAGCUGGCCUGAUCCAGCAGCAGCCAGACUCUUCUUAUGUUCAGAAGCAGUCUAGGUUCUUGGGGGCAUUUGGCCACUGUGAGACCAGGAGGCGGGACUAGCUGGGCCGCCUUUGGAAGCCAGGCCCUUCCGAUAGUCUUAGGAUUGAUCCCAGUGUUGCUUUUCUCCAUCCUCCCACCAUUCUUACAGGGAGGGUCAAUCUGAUCCUGAGCUCUCAACCUCUUUCCCUUUCAGGAUUCCACCACCCGGCUCUUCGGUGACUUCAGCAGCUCCCGAGUCACCGAUGGUGAGUUGUUCUGUGGGACAGGAUGCCAGGGCCAGACAGCCUCGGCACCUCCCUCCUUCCAAGCAGCAAAGGAGGUUCCCACUGAUUUGUGGGCCUUGUUUUCAGAAACGGUGUGAGUUUGUGUGUGUCAGGGGGGUCAGGGCUAGCUGAGCUUUCUUCCUUAUUUGCUGUUCUUCUACAUUUAGGGAACAUAAUGGAAAAAACAAAUUCCCUAUGCAUAGAAGUGUGCAAAAUUCAUUUACGCAUUUUCUUUAUCCUACUCUUCAACCCAGCACACAGACACACACAAAAAACUCUCCAGAACAGCUUACAGACAAGACUGCCUGUCUCUGCCCCGCUUCAGGCUUCCAAUCUAAAAAGACUCGGCACAAAAGGAAAAUGGAUUAGGAGGGAGGAGGAAAUAAGCAAAGUCAUGUGCUCAUUGUUGGUUGAAAGUUCCUUCUGGGAUGGAAGCGGUUCCAGGAGGAGGAAGCCCCAGGUGCAGAGGCAGUCUGUCUCGAUUCCUAGGUUCUUAAGGAACUGUGUUGACAGGGUGCUGGACUAGAUCAUAGAAUCACAGAAUUCUAGGGAGUUGGAAGGGACCCCAGGGGUCAUUUAGUCCAACCCACUUUGACGUGAUUCAGUAGCGGCCAGGCUCUCCUUAUGUUCUGGUAUGUCCUUGAAUCUCUCCUGCCAAAUACGGACAGUUUCUUAGUUUCUGCCCGGGCUCUUAACUGUGUCGUUGUCCCCCCUUCUGCAUUCUCCAGGACGCCUCUCCUUGGACUCUCAGGACGGUGACAGUGGCAUGGACUCUGGCACAGAGCGGUUCCCCUCCGUCAGCGAGGCAAGUGCUGAAGGGGGUGCUUGGGGUUCGGCUUCCUUGGGCCGGUAAUGAAAGUGGUGUGUGGGUGUGGGUGGUCUCAGUAAUGCAAUUUCUCUUCCUGGAGCAGAUCUCCCUGAACCGGAAUUCGGUCCUGUCCGACCCCGGCUUGGACAGCCCCCACACCUCCCCAGUCAUCACCUCCAGAAUGUUCCAGCACCAUCGGCGCCAGGGCUCAGACACGCCAUUCUCCCCCUCCGCAGAACAGGUGAGGGUCCGGACUUCCUGCCCCCCCACACUUCCCCAUUUUUAAAAGCACCCCUUGAAAAAUUACCCCUGCCUCUCUCGCUUUUCUGAGCCCCUUGAGCAGAGGCCAGCAAAUGUUUUCAGCAGGGGGCCAGUCCACUAUCCCUUGUGGGGAGCCAGACUAUAUUUUUGGGGGGGAAAUGAACGAAUUCCUAUGCCCCACAAAUAACCUAGAGAUGCAUUUUAAAUAAAAGGACACAUUCUACUCAUGUAAAAACACGCUGAUUCCCAGACCGUCCACAGGGCAGAUUGAGAAGGUGAUUGGGCCGGAUCAGGCCCCCGGGCCUUAGGUUGCCUACUCAUGCCCUUGAGCUUCCCAACCCUUUAGCUGCGAUUUUGAUUCUCACCCACCCCAUGACCACAAGGUGGGUAGGAACUUUCUUUGUGUGUGGGGGGGUGUUAUUCUGGGAGGGUUUUUUCCCCCUUUUCUGUUUCAGAUUUCUAAAACAACAGUAGUGAAUACAGACCUUACCCAUCAGAGACCAUUAAAUACACAUAUAAUAACACCAGCUUGCUCUCCUUCUGAAACUUCCAUUUUAGAUAAUAAAGCUGAGACAUAACUAUUCUCAGCUUCUUCCCCCCCCCCAAAAAAAACCCCAACAACUUGUGGUUCUUCCUCCGCAGUUUGUGAUGUGUCUCACCCUGAUAAAUGACCUUUUGCAGGGCUCGGAUCGGACGCUGAGGCCGCUCAUCAUUGGUCCAGAGGAAGAUUACGACCCGGGAUAUUUCAACAAUGAGGUAGUAGCGCCAUCCCUGCCUCAGCCGUGCUUUCUUGGUGGGGGGGUGGGGGGAGCGGUAACAGGCCUUCUAAUAGUAGAGUAGGAUGGGGUUUGCUGGUUGGCCAAGGCAUCUCCUACUCAGAAUUUUAAAAUAUUACUAUUAUUAUUCAUUUUUAUUAGCUGCCAAGUGCAAAAUGCCUCUGGGAAACAUACAUACACUAUGUAAAGACAUUUGUCAGGUUUAAGAAUACAGUCCCUCUCUAAGGCCACCCCCACCCCACUCCCAACGUCAGAUCGUAACCCCUCAAAAGCCCCAGAGAAUCUGCAUUUCUGAAUGGGACGCUGAUAGGAUGGGCCUUCUCGGUAGUGGCACCCACCCUAUGGAACGCCCUCUCACCAGAUGUCAAAGAGAACAAUUACCAGACUUUUAGAAGACAUCUGAAGGCAGUCCUAUUUAGGGAAGCUUUUAAUGUUUAAUAGCCUAUUGUAUUUUAAUAGUCUGUUGGAAGCCGCCCAGAGUGGCUGGGGAAGCCCAGCCAGAUGGGCGGGGUAUAAAUAAUAAAUUAUGAUUAUGAUUAUUAUGAUUAUUAUUGGUCUGAUAGGAUGUUAAGGUAUGUGCCAGGAGGACCUCCCUGGGCAGAGAUUAAGGGGACAGGGCACAGUAGAAAAGGCCAACCGCUGGAUCUCAGCCAGAGGCAGGGUACAGAGAAGGGCCUGAUGAUGAUGAGGAUGAACACAGAAUCUGAGCUGCCCAUUAGGUAUUGGAGGUCCUGAGCAAACAAUGGCUUUGCAGGACCAAAACAAGCACUUUGAGGUGUACCCUGGAACAUACAGGCAGUCCGUGUGGGCCCUGUGUUGUCGUCUGGCAACCACUGAGCGUGUUUCUUCUUCUUCUUCUCUCUCCUCCCCGCAGUGUGACUCCCUCUUCCAGGAUUUAGGGAGGCUGAAGACACGGCUGGCGCACCUGGGCGUCUUCCUGCGCUACAUCUUCUCUCAGGCUGACCCGAGUCCUCUGGUAGGAUCCAAAGGGGCUCCUUCCUUCCUUUUACCCUUCGCCAUUCCCAAGGCAAGGGCCCAGUGGGAAGAGAUGCAGGGAGCAUGCCACUGGGCAGUCUGGGCCGCUGCAGGGAGAUGGGGGGGGGGUCAGGGAUGUGCCGGGAAGGCAGGAGGGAGUAUGCUGGUGUUUGUGUCAGACUUUUUGCACCCAGCCUGUGUGCCCAAGCACAGGCGCCGCAGCAGGAAGGAAGGAAAGAAGCUAGCUAGAUUUCUGCCAGCUUUUUCCCACAGGCACAAGACCCAGGUGCUUGUCUUUCAAAAGAAAGCCAGUCAAAAUCAGGCGCCUGGUGUCCUGCAUGCCAGGCAUUGGGUACCACAGGGCAAAUGAACCUAUGUGUGGAAUACGCUGGUUUAUUACGGGGUCCUCGCCAUGGGAUCACAUUCACCCGCUGCUAUACCAGCUGCACUGGCUCCCGGUGGAGCACAGGAUCAGAUUUAAGGUGCUGGUUUUAACCUUUCAAGCCCUAUACGGCCUAGGACCCUCGUACCUACGGGACCGCCUCUCCUGGUACGUCCCAUGGAGGACCUUACAGUCUUCAAACAAAAACAUAUUGGAAAUCCUGAGCCACAGGGAGGUUAGGCUGGCCUCAACCAGAGCCAGGGCUUUUUCGGCCGUGGCCCCGAUCUGGUGGAACGCUCUGUCACAAGAGACAAGGGCCCUGCGGGACUUGACAUCUUACUGCAGGGCCUGCAAGACAGAGCUGUUCCACCAGGCCUUUGGCCAAGGCACAGUCUGACCCCUUCCUUUGGUCAUCCUCAUAGAACUCUAGCCCAAUAGCUGCCAUGAAUUUGAUUUGAAACGAUUUUAAAAUGAAAUGAUUUUCGAAUGCUGUGCUGCUUUUAUUGUUGUUAGCUGCUCUGAGCCCGGCUUCGGCUGGGGAGGGCAGGAUAUUAUUAUUAUUAUUAUUAUUAUUAUUAUUAUUAUAAAACUCUCUGAAUCAGAGGAGCUGCUCCCGGCAUGAAGAUUGGGGGCUGAUAGCAGGCAAGCAGUUUUCUAGUUGUGUGCCUUAAGCCUAUGUAUUAAUAAGGUGUAUGUUUAAAUUAAGAUAUUCCCAGCCCUCACUGUUGCCUCAGACGUGGAGAUAACUUUUUUUCUCACAUUACAAAGAGACCAAAGUGUCUUGUGAGCAGGAUUCAGUCCCACUAAAAAGGAGGAUGGAGACCCCAGAGAACCACUGCCGGCCACAGACUUGGUAGAUGGCAGCUUUCUGUCUUCCCCUCCAAAUCGGUUCUUUAUUUAGAGCCAUGAGGACUACAGCCUUCAUUUCUGGAGGCUCAGUGGUGGGGCACGUGCAGAACAUCCCAGGCCCCCAAUCCCUGACUUCGCCAGGUCAGGACUACCCCUCCCUGAGAGCCACGGCUGCCAAUCAGUGUUGACAAUACUGAACUAGAUUGGUCUGACCCAGCAGAAAGCAGCCUCUUCGUAAUUCUUCAGCCCGUGAAAUGCGCUUUGCUGUGGUUGCCACAGUUAGUUCCUGCUCGUGCGAGAAUUGCGAAACACGCCCGCAAUCCCUCCUCCGUUUCCAGCCAGGCAAGAUGCCCCCAUUUAUCCUGGACUGGCAUGGUGUCUUCCCUGGGGGCUCCCACGGCAACUCCAUACCGGGGACGCCCUGCCAGUCCCACUUCCUCUCUCCCCCCUCACCCCACCCUUUUCGGCUCUCUUGUGGGCAUUUCUUCAUCCUCUCCGUUCCCUCUCACCCUGAUGCGUGUUUUUUCUCCUCUUCCUUCCUCCUCUCUCUCUUCUCGGCAGCUGCUGUACUUGUGCGCAGAUGUUUGCCAGCAGAUGAGCCCCAAGGAAGCCCGCGGACUUGGGAAGGACAUUUGGAACAUCUUCCUGGAGAAAACCGCGGUGAGUGAUUGGGCAGCCGGGGGCUUCCUCGCUCCCCCCACCCCCAGCCAUAUCACGUACCAGGUUGCACUGGUGUUGUGGGGUGUGAGAGGCCUCAGGAGGCCAGUGCUGGUGGGUCAACACUGUCUCUUUCUUUCUCUUCCUCAGCCUCUGAGAGUCAAGGUCUCCGAUCAGUUGUUGGCUGAGAUAGGUGAGUUUGACCUCUUGAGCAAAAGGGCUGUUGUGACCCUUUAAGGAUUAGAAAUCUAGGAGCAGAGACAGGUAGUGAUGGCUUGGGGGAAUUUCCUUCUCUUCCUGUGUGCUCCUUGAGUCAGUCUUGCCAUGGGCGAACGGAUCAGCCCCAAGAACAGUCCAGAAAGUCACUGGCCCAGAAGAGCCUUGGGAACAAGCUUUGCCUUCACAAAACAAAUGAAAUACCUUGAAAAUCCCUGAAACGAGAAGUACUGUAUUUUUUGCUCUAUAAGACUCACUUUUCCCCUCCUAAAAAGUAAGGGGGAAAGUGUGUGCGUCUUAUGGAGUGAAUGCAGGCUGCGCAGCUAUCCCAGAAGCCAGAACAGUGAGAGGGGUUGCUGCUUUCACUGCGCAGCGCUCCCUCUGGCUGUUCUGGCUUCUGAGAUUCAGAAAUUUUUUUUUCUUGUUUUCCUCCUCCAAAAACUAGGUGCGUCUUGUGGUCUGGUGCAUCUUAUAGAGCGAAAAAUACGGUAAUUGACAAGAAAUAUUAUCUUAUAGAAAUAAACUAAAUAGGUUUUCCUAUUUUUUCCUUAAACUUUUUGAUUUUUUGAUUUAGUUUAUUUCUAUAAGAUAAUAUUUCUAGUCGAUUACUUCUCAUUUCAGGGAUUUUCACGUUAUUUCAUUUAUUUUGUGUAAUUUCUCGGUUCCGUGGCUGUCUUUCUUCCACGGGCUUUGCCUUCACGGCCGGAGGCAGCGAUUCUUCUGAACACCCCAUUGCUGGAAGCCUCAGGAGAGCAGAGCGUGCUGUUACACUUGGGUCACGCUUGAGGGUUUCUGGGGCAUCUGGUCGGCCGCUGCUAGAACAGGACCGGACGGGCCCCUGGCCUGAUCCAGCAACAGAGUUCUUCUUACGUUACGUUCUUCCUUGGGUGCUGCUAUUGUGCUCAGGACCUGCUGAGCAUCCGGCUGGCCACUGUGAGAUAGGAUGCUGGACUAGUGGGCCCCGUGUGGGUCAGCAGACUCUUCUGUCCUUUUGAGGCAUUUGGAGGCCGUAGAACGGGUGGGGGAGCACCUGCGGACCCCCACCUCCCAUCACCAUCAGCUGAGGCUGUUGGGUGUCAAGUCCAGCAGCACCUGGAGGGUCAGAGAUGGUCCUCCCUGCUGUGAAGUCUCCCCUCCUCCUGUCUAUAGAAGCCUCCAGGCCUCCCCCUUGUCACACCUUCAUAAGACUUAUUUUCCUCCCCCCCCCCCCAUCCAUGGCUCCUGCAGACUCCUGCCUGCGGAAUGGGGAGGACGUCCGGAGCAUUUUCCUAGAGGCCCAGGAGGCCGUCAUGCCCGAGAUCCAGGAGCAGAUCCAGGAUUACAGGUGAGCGCAGAUCCCCCAGUGCCUUGCCUGGCUGCGGCUGCGAAAGUACGUUGAUAGGGAAAAUGGGAGGUGGCAGAGGUGAAGGGAUUGGGGGUAGCGAGCCCAAAGGCCUGGGGGGCAGAACUGACACACGCUGUAUCAGAAGGGAAUCAGGGGGCUCCCCCAGGGAAAUAGUUUAUUCAACGUUCAGCCUGAUUCGCUUGCCCGAGGCUUACAUGGCGGAGGUGAGAUUUUCAGGGUUAGGUCUUUCCUGAGCUUUUGUUUGGCUUGGUUUACAGGGCAGUUGUGAGGCAAUGAGCAUUCAUCCCGGGGGGUGUGUGUGUGUAGGUAGGUAGGGUGGUGGUUAUACAUCUUCCCAUUAGCCAUUUAUCAUCACACACUUAUCUAUGCCUUUCCCUGUUACUUUCCAAAUCACGAAAAUAGAAUUCCUAUGAAGUGCAUUUGUGUGCUGAUUGAUUAAAUUAAUCUGUAGAGGAGCGGCAAGGAUCCCAAUGGCUAAAAACUGGAAAAAAAGAAACUGUGCCAACAAAAAAGGAACGGCAAGACAAACUGUUAGAGUAUAUUGAACUGGCUAGAUUAACAGAGGCAGUUAGAGAUCACACUAGACAAGAGUUUCAAAAAGCAAGGGGGGAUAUGCAGAGAAUACUUCACAAAACAGUGCCCUAAAAUACACACCUGGACUUGUUUCGAUUAAUGUCUGCAGGAGUCUUUGUGGAUAUUUAAGUUAUAAUUAGAAAAAUCUUAAUAAUAAUUCAUAAAGGAAACAGCUUAUAAGAAGUAAAUAAGGAGACCAGAUACAGGAUAAAGGAAGUCUUUUAUUUGGUUGUUUGUAUUGUUGUAUGUUAUGCUCAUUGCAUGUUAUGUUCACGUUUAAUGAGGGUGGAUUUCUGUAUUGGGGGGUGGGGGUGGUUAUGUUAUGUUGUAAAUAAUUAAAAAAAAAAAAAUCUGUAGACUUCAGCUCACUUGCUUAAUCCACUACUCCAGUUUUGAGUAGUUUUGAUGGGGUUUUGUGUGUCUUACGUGAAUCCCCUAGUUGGUACCCACUUCCACCUGCAACAGAACAGAAUAAAGUUUUGUUUUGGGGUCGAUGCUCCUUCGUGCAAGCAGGGAUCCCAGAGGAAGUGCCCUUUUCUAAGACAGAAACUUGACAGCUGUUGUUUCCAUCCAGCUGGAGCUGUUUUAAAAAGCAAACCUGUUCAGCAAAUGUGCCUCUUCUGUGCUUUAAAAGAGAGCCCAAAUGGAAUGAAAUGGCAUCAUGUCAGGUGUUGCGUUGCUUUCCUCUGGGUCACAUGACUUUACUUCCAGAUCUUCUAAGCCGCCUUGAGUUCUGGGGAAAUUGGGUGGGGGGCAGGUUAGGUAGGAUACAGAGUUAUGAAUGAAAGCUGAGAGCGAGGAGUGUCUUCAUCCUGCCCUGGUCUCCUCUCUGGCCUUGCAGGACCAAGCGCACUAUGGGCCUGGGAAGCUUGUACGGGGAGAACGACUUGAUGGACCUUGACGGAGACCCCCAGAAGGAGCGCCAGGUGGCCGAGAAGCAGAUUGCUCAGCUUGGAGACAUCCUGUGAGUGUGUGUGUAUAAUCUGAGAUUGCACACCUGAGAUGACUUUCCUGCAGCAUUAAAGUGUCUGUAUACAGUAUGUGGGGACGCGGGUGGUGCUGUGGGUUAAACCACAGAGCCUAGGACUUGCCGAUCAGAAGGUUGGCGGUUCGAAUCCUGACAACGGUGUGAGCUCCCGUUGCUCGGUCCCUGCUCCUGCCAACCUAGCAGUUUAAAAGCACGUCCAAGUGCAAGUAGAUAAAUAGGUACCCCUCCGGCGGGAAGGUAAACAGCGUUUCCGUGUGCUGCUCUGGUUCGCCAGAAGUGGCUUAGUCCUGCUGGCCACAUGACCCGGAAGCUGUACGCCGGCUCUCUCAGCCAAUAAAGCGAGAUGAGCACCGCAACCCCAGAGUCGGCCACGACUGGACCUAAUCGUCAGGGGUCCCUUUACCUUUAUACAGUAUGUGUGUGUCAGGGGCUGACCUGGCAGGGGCUCCCCCCCACCUCCAGCCUUGCAAGGCUCCAGAUAUCAUAUAGGAACUCCUUGCCUGUUGCUCUGCUCACCAUCUGCUCCUGGAGACUUUGACGGCCGGCUUCUGCUUUUCUUUAAGGACCCGUUUUUAUUGAGUUAAUGCCAAUAAAGCAGGAGGGAAUCAUGAAGGGUGAUUGGAAGUUGUGGCUCAGAGCCAGGCCGGGUUGUUUUGCGGCUGGUGUAUUGGGAGCGCCCUCAGUGAGAGAGAGGAGAGAGAUAGCUGUUCACGGAGGAACGAUCCCGCCCUGGUCGGUGGCCGAGGCCCUCCUCUAACUGGAGAACACAAAGGGGCACAAGGAGUGACCCCUGUAAUCUUGUCCGGUCUGGAGUCACCGGUGGGUUUUCUAAAGGGGUCUGCUCCAGUUUGGGACAGCCAUAGUGGCUGGGCAUAGGCUGUGCUGCCACCACAGUCCCAUCCUGCCUGGAGGAUUGCGCAUGUGGUGCUGCCAAGCUUGAGGCUACAUGUAACUACAGGGACAAGCAGCCCCUCUGGCUGCAGAGUGAGGGUGGGGCUGGGUCCCUUGGGAACGGGGGGCAGAGAUAUUCCCCCAGGGAGACUUGCCAGCAGAGGGUUAUGUGCCUGUGUGUGGUCUCAAGGUGGGAGACGAUAGGGCAGUCCUGGGGGGUAAAAAACGUGCUUGCCAAUGGAAUGGUUGACCCUGUGGCUUGCAAAUGAUGUGCCCAGCCUCUUGCAAGCAUGGCCCAGUGGUCAGGGAUGGUGAUGGAAGUCCCAGCAACAUCCAGAGGGCACCAGUGUGCAGGAAGGAAGGCGGGUUUUUAGUAUAGACCAAAUGGGCAAGAGAGGGUCUCCCGCCUGGGCACGUGGACCCCCUGUGAGCCAUCUCUUGGAAGCGACUGGGCUGUAAGCAGAGGAGGAGAGGCUGUCGGAAGUGAAGAUGCAUCCUAACCUCCUCCUCCUUCCUUUGUCUCCUUCCUCCAGAUCCAAAUACGAAGAGGACCGGAGGUGAGUGUCUCCCUCGAACCUCAGCCCCCCCAGGACUACUGGGUCAGGCUGCUCAGAAGGUGGGGAGAAUUCCAAGGGUCCCCUUGAGAGGCUGCCGGUGACCUGCUUUUUCCUGCUCUCUUUACCUUUCAUGUGGCAUAUUGCUUUGUUUCUGGGUUUUUAUCUUACGUAUGUGUCUUGUCAAGGGACGUGGGUGGCGCUGUGGGUUAAACCACAGAGCCUAGGACUUGCCGAUCAGAAGGUCGGCGGUUCGAAUCCCUGCGACGGGGUGAGCUCCCGUUGCUCGGUCCCUGCUCCUGCCAACCUGGCAGUUCGAAAGCAUGUCAAAGUGCAAGUAGAUAAAUAGGUUCCCUCGGCCAAUAAAGCGAGAUGAGCGCCGCAACCCCAGAGUCGGCCACGACUGGACCUAAUGGUCAGGGGUCCCUUUACCUUUAGUUUGAGUUCUCUCUGCUUUUCUCCCUCCCACUGGCCAGCAGCCUCUUCCCCCUGCCCUCCCCUUGUGGGGCUCAGUUGACCCCUCUUCCUCCCCGCAGCGCCCCCAUGAGCUUCGCCUUGAACACCUACAUGGGCCAUGUGGGGAUCCGUCCGCGAGAAGCACGCCCCGUCAGUGUGGUGGAGAAGUCCCAGGCACAGGAGAAAGACAAGUGGCUGCCGUUCUUCCCCAAGGCCAAGAAGGUGAGCUGGUGGUCAGGCUGGAGGGAGGGAGAGAAGGGUGUGGGUGUGUGUGUGUCCCGUGCCUCUCCUAAUACACACUCUGUGUGUGUCUGCGUGUCUCUCUCUCUCCUGGCUCAACAGAGCAGCAGCACCAAGAAGGAUAAGGACGCCAUGGAAGACAAGAAGCGGAACCCCAUCCUCAAGUACAUUGGGAAGCCCAAAAGCUCCUCCCAGAGCAGUGAGUUCCAGGGGCAGAGGAGGGCAGGGGGUGACGGUGCUGAGCACCCCCUUCUCCUGCAGUGUGUUCUGGGGGGAGUGGGUUCACCCGGGCUUCCUCCUUCCUUCCUUCCUCCUCUCCUUGCUUCUCCUCCUCCUUUUUCUAUCUUUUUCAUCGGUGCAAUUUUGACGUUGAUUUUGACAUUCCAUUCUUUUUGUUUUCCUUUUCAGCAUUUCAUGUCCCCUUGUCCCCUGUUGAAGGUAAAAACAAAAGGAACACACACCCCCUUGCUGGUUUUUCUCCCUGACCCCCCCUCCCAGCUCACCCCCCUUUACCCACCCCACCCCUGCUGCUGCUGCUUAAAAAAAAUAAAAAAUGUCGAGGAGGUAUCUUUUUCUAGAAAAGGCCUUGUAAAUUGUUGUUGUCACUGGUUCUGUGAGGAUGGGUUGGAUUUAAUCGCUCAGGGUCUCCCCCCACCCUCUUUCCCCUCCCCAUGCAAAAGCCACACUUCCGUUUCCUUGCCUAACUUCUGCACCCAGGACAGCGCACGUUGGCUUAGUGUCGCUGCCUCCCCUCCUCUGCCAUGCAAUCGUGAGGAACAUGGCCUUGGCGCUGCCCUCAGAGGACCCUGUCUGCCGUGGCUUCCCCAGCGGGGUGGGAGAUUGCCUGGGGAAAGGUGUGCAAACCACCCCUUGCGUUCACCGUGGGGAGAUGGCGCCACCUUCUCUCUCAGAGGCACCGGAGUGGAGCUGAAGGCCACCCCUUUCCCCUUCCCCUCCCAUCUCCUUCAGAGCUGGUCAUUCAGGUCGUGUCCCCUUGAUGUCGUUCUGCUUACAGGAAUGGCCCUUCUUCCCCUUUGAUUUCUUGCCAGCGGGUGUUUGGGGGGCCCUGGACCUGGGCUGGGCCUGAGGCCGUGGGGUUCCUCCUUUGUGGCAAUCCCUUGUGGGAAUCCGUAGUCCUAGGUUUCCUCCCUAAGCCGAGCCUCUUCAAGUGGGGAGAGGGGUUCAGGAUGGCGACCAGGUGAAGGGGAGAGCGGAGACGGGGCCCUCUCAUCCCUCGGCAGCUGUGUAGAAGUGGAGUGCGUCUGUGUAAUUACGGCCUUCCAGGCUUUUAUCCAGGCAAGGCCUGCUGAGAGUGGACCAGUUGAAAUUAGUGAACCCAAGCUGUUCAUGUCCAUUAGUUGCAGUGGGUCUACUCUGAGGAGAACUGGCAUUGGAUACAAUUCCCCUUCCCUCCCCCCAAAAGUGCCAUGCUUCAGUUCCCUCUACACCAGCGGUUCUCAACCUGUGGGUCCCCAGAUGUUGUUGGACUACAACUCCCAUCAUCCCUGAGCUCUGGCCUUGCUAGCUAGGGGUGAUGGGAGUUGUAGUUCAACAACAUCUGGGGACCCACAGGUGGAGAAAGGCUGCUCUACACAGUCAUCUGCCUUGGACCUUCUUCUGGGCCAGACCCUGGUGUCUACCCCCUCACACCCUCCCCAAUUAAGUCUGUAGCUAUGUGGGGCUUCUAACGGCUCGACUUUCCCUCCCGCUCUGACCAGUUAAACCUGGCAACGUGAGGAACAUCAUCCAGCACUUUGAGAACAACCAGCAUUAUGACUCGCAGGAUCCUGGCCUGCAGCGCCUCUCCACCGGCAGCUUCCCUGAGGACCUCCUGGAGUCGGACAGGUAGGAGGAUGCCCAGAACGCCCGGCAAGGGGGGUGGGCACAGGUGGGCUCCAAGUCCUCAUCUGCCCUCCUUCCUCUCCCUCGUGGCUUCAGUUCCAGGUCGGAGGUCAAACUCGGCCGGUCGGAGAGCCUGAAGGGCCGGGAGGAGCUGAAGAGGUUGCGCAAAGCAGAGAACGUGCCUCGCUCACGCAGCGACGUGGAUAUGGACGCCGCGGCUGAGGCCACCCGCCUCCACCAGUCGGCCUCUUCUUCUGCGUCCAGCCUCUCUGCCAGGUGAAAAGCGGGGAGCUCCUUAACGUCUAGCGCCACCUUCUGUACUUAGUAUUCCAGCACCUUGCAGAAGUUGAACGCUUUCCAGAUAAAUUUUGUUGUUUGCUGGGCAUCUCUUUAGAAGCGGCUUAUCAUUGUUCCAUCUUUGAGGCUGCUGUUCUGCGCCAUGUUGGGCACAGAAGCGUUAAGAACAUAAGAACAGCUUGCUGGAUCAGACCAAAGUGGACCCAUCCGGUCCAGCCUCCUGUUCUCACAGUGGCCAAGCAGGUACCCAAAAGGGAAACCUGUAAGCAAGACCUGAGCACAAGAACAACUCUCCCCACCUGUGGUUUCCAGGGAGGAUUCAGAAGCAUCGCUGCCUCUGACUGGAGGCACAGCUGAGCCACCCUGGCUAGGAGCCAUUGAUACAACAAAACAACAACACCACAAACCGACUUAUAAUUAUAAAACCAAAUUUACUAGAAUGAUAGCUAGAAUAGAGAUGGACUUGUAACCAUUCAAACAACAAACAUACUAAGGUGCCAUGUGCAAGACCAAGCCUGGAGAUACUGUAAACGUGGAGUGGAUAAAUGUACAACUCUUAUCUCCCAACAUUAACAUUCAAUGUUAACAGAACGUUCACAUCCAAGGUGACACAAUUUAAGCAGCCUCUUUUAUAUUGUUUGUAAACCACUACAAGGUUUUAUUGACAGGUAGGCGGGAUGCAGUUUUUGCUAAAUAAAUAAAGUAAAUAAAUAACUGUAAUCGGGCAGCUAAGGCAGCUUUCUGCUCCUCGUUUUCUUUAUUUUGCAAAAAUUGCAUCCUGCCCAGCUUCAAACAAAGCUGCUAAGUGGUUUACAAAGAGCAUAAAAUACACGUUUAAAAUGGCCCGUAAAAAAGAACCAGCGUUAGAAACAAGUUUACAAAAAGCAAAUUUAAUGAAAUAAGAAGUUAAAAGUGUGCAUACUAAGCUGAAAUGACUGGUUAAAAUACAUUUCAACUUUUACAUGUCUUGGUAGGCUUUGCCCAAACAAAAUAUUUUAGUAGGCUCCCCCCAAAAUACAGCGAAGGUGCCUCCCUAAUCUCAAUGGGCAGGGAGUUCCAGAGGGUAGGAGGUGCCACGCUGAGAUGCCAGUUCCUUAAAGAUGCAGAAUGGGCCUUAAUGUGGAACUUCCAGUAGUGCCACUUCCGCAGAUCAAAAUGGUCAAGUGGGCAUAUAUGGGGGAAGGUGGCUCCUAAUUAAGAUGUGCAGCAUUUGUCUUCAUGGUGCGCCUUUCUCGCCCCCCCCCAUCCCUGCCUUUCUUCCUUUGAGGAGCCCUCUGUCUGUUUGCAAAGGAAAGGGGUCACUCUCUCCCUCAUUCUGUGCCCUCCCGGUCUUUGGGACUCCAGCUCCCAUCAGCCCAGCCAUCGUGGCUGUGCCCUCGUGAGUCCUUGUGCCAUUUGACCUGCUGGCUGGGGCUGAUGGGAGCUGGAGUUCAAGCACCUGGAGAGCACCUGGUUGGAGAAGUCUGCGUUCUGUGUCUUAAGUGUUUGCUGGAUGGGUCCCUUCCCGCAGCCCCGAGGGAGUUAAGCCCAGAGCUUGUGGUGCUCACCAUUUAUAAUCUCUUCUUGUGCCUCCAGGUCUCUGGAAAACCCCACACCGCCGUACACUCCCAAAAUGGGGCGCAGGUGAGCUACCCUUGCAGCCAGGGCCAGGAGAAACGGGCAUUCUUCCAUGGGGUAGGAAGAAUGUGUUGUCUAGGUGUUUUCCUCUUCGUCUUCUUAUUCUUGGUGACCCAAAGGAGCAGGGGGAACGAGGCCAUGGCUGUCUUGUGCUUAGUCACGGUGGUCCUGUGUAUGCCUGCGUGGAGUCCUCCCUCCCAUCGCUGGACCGUGGCAGAGACCCCAGAGCUGAAAUUGAACUGGAGGCUCGUUUAGUUGAGUCUCUCCGUCUGUCUUGCAGUUGGGGUGUCCUGCAAAUGUGAAAGAGACUUCUGGGUCCGGCUGGCUCAUAAUGGGGCUAUAAAGACCCUGUGUUGGGAGAGAUGCUGCAAGGAAGGAACUAGGGUAGGGGUCAGCCAGCUUUUUGGGCCUGUGAGCCCAUUGGCACCUCACUCGCUCCUUCCCUGGAGCAGAACACCCAGCCGCAAGAGACGAGAGAAAAUGAGCACAUGUCCAAACAUCACUUUCCCAGAGGCUCUGGAUACAGUUCCGAUCCAGCAGAAUUAACCUGAGCCUUGAAAAGCACAUGGAGCUAAAAGAUGAAGUGGGAAGGAGCAUCGCAAGGCUCUCGUUUGCAUCAGCAGGCAAACUCUGAAGCUCUUAUGCACCGUUAGUUCCAGGAAGGCCCAGUUUACGAGGCUGGAGGACCUUUCUCAGAGACCCUCUUUUGACACCCCUUCUUGUCUCUCUCCAACCCCCCCGGCGCAGAAGCAUCGAGUCCCCAAACUUGGGCUUCAGCACUGACUCCUUCCUGCCCCACCUGCUGGAGGACGACCUCUUCCAGCUCUCGGACCUGGAGCUGGAGCCGGACUCGCAAAACUGGCAGCACACCGUGGGCCGUGAAGUCGUGUCUUCCCUGACGCAGCGGGAGAUCGACCGCCAGGAAGUCAUCAAUGGUGAGGAGGGUCUCUCUGCGGUCGCCAUCAGAAAGACGGGGGGGGCGUGCCUGGUGAGCUCUACCCGUCUGACAUAGGGCCAAGGCAGCCAAGGGCGGUGCUUCCUGGCCUUGAGGGGGGCUGCGAUGUCUCCAAGGAAGAAGAGGAAUCCCUAGAUAGGGCCUGUAAGACAGAGCUAUUCCACCUGGCUUUCAAUUUGAACUUAGCCUGAUCUUUUAUUCCCCUUCCUCCCCUUUUUAUGACGAUUCCCCGCUCUGGGAUCCCACAGCUAAUUCUCCCCUGGUCUCCUUGCUGGCCCAAAUAGGACUAAUUUAGCCAGCUAGCCCUGGGGAUCAUCUAAUGUUUAUUGGAUGGAUUUCCCCCCUAAAUUGAUUUGUGAAUUCUGAAUUUAUUGUUAUUCACGUUUUAUACUGUAUUUUAUGCUGGUUUUUUGUUGCAUCAAUCAAUUGUUUUAAAUUUGUUGUUAGCUGCCCUGAGCCCGGUUUUCUGAACCGGGAAGGACGGGGUAUAAUUAAAAAUUCAUUAUUAUUAUUAUUAGAUGGAUGAGGGGUGGGUGUGCUGCCCUGGUAACCAGAGCCAUCAGCUCUGCACUGGCGCCUGGGCUGGGGAGGAGCCACGUGGCUCAGUGGCAAAGAGUCCCAGGUUUGAUCCCAGGGAACAGGGUCUGCCCGAGACCCUGGAGAGCCAGCAGAGAGUGGAACCAUCAGGGGUCUGACUAAACAACGCCGCUCUAUCCCUUCAUUGAUGGCACAGUUUUGUUCAGGAGGAGGGCAGGUUUACUUCACGACCCAAAUCUUUAAGAACAAAUCGAAACUUCUCUUUCCUCAGAGCUGUUUGUGACAGAGGGCUCUCACUUGCGGAUCCUGCGCGUCCUGGACGUUCUCUUCUACCAGCGCAUGAGAAAGGAGAGCCUUCUUUCCCGGGAGGAGCUGGCCCUCCUCUUCCCCAACCUCCCAGAGGUCUUGGAGAUCCACAGUAAGGCUGCUUCUCCUGCUCCCUUGGAGCCCCUUUGGAUCAGGCCCCCUGUUCUGUGGUUUCUACAGCAGGCAGAGUGGGUCUCCCCUCCACAAGCCCCCUGCUCAGGAGGAGAACUGGAGCAAAGCCAAAGAGCCCCACAGGGCGGAGAGGGCAGGGAAAUCCUGAGGGUGGCCUUGAUCCCAUUUGCAAUGUUGGUUGGACUCUAAAUGGGCAGCUUUGAGGCCGGCUGUGUGCCCACUGCUGAGAGCCUUUCACUGAAAAUAAAGAGUGCCUGUGUGGAGUUUAAAACUAGGCCCGUACUCCAUUCCCUUCUGUCACCUUUUCUCCUUUCCUCACCAUCCUUCCCUCCUCCAGAUUCUCUUUCGGAAUCAAUGAAGAGGCUGCGAGAGGAAGGGCCGAUCGUCAAAGAGAUUGGGGACCUCAUGCUUUCCCGGGUGAGGAUCCCAGACCGCGUGGGCUGCCUUGGGGACACUAGGUGAUCUCCUGACCCACCUGAGGUUAACCCAGGAGUGUUUUCUCUCCCCUGCCCUCUUUGUGUCCCCCCAGUUUGAUGGGGCUGCCCGCGAGGAGUUCCAGCAGAUGGCUGCCCGCUUCUGCGCAUACCAGUCCAUGGCACUUGAGCUGAUCAAAACCAAGCAGCGGAAGGAGACUCGCUUCCAGCUCUUCAUGCAGGUAGCCUCGUGAUGGGGCAGGAGGCUGCUAAUGGACGGGGAGGAAGGAGAUGGGGGAGGAAGGGACUUUUCUUUUCUUUUUUUAAAAAAAUAUUUCAAAACAAAAAAAAUUACAAGCAUCAAAUUCAAAAUCCAUAUUCAUUUUCUAAUGUAAGCCUAUUACAUAAAGGUAAAGGGACCCCUGACCAUUAGGUCCAGUUGUGGCCAACUCUGGGGUGCUCAUCUCGCUUUAUUGGCCAAGGGAGCCGGCGUACAGCUUCCGGGUCAUGUGGCCAGCAGGACUAAGCCGCUUCUGGCGAACCAGAGCAGCGCACGGAAACGCCAUUUACCUUCCUGCCAGAGCUGUACCUAUUUAUCUACUUGCACUUUGACGUGCUUUCGAACUGCUAGGUUGGCAGGAGCAGGGACCGAGCAACGGGAGCUCACCCUGUCGCGGGGAUUCGAACCGCCAACCUUCUGAUCAGCAAGUCCUAGGCUCUGUGGUUUAACCCACAGCGCCACCCGCAUCCCUUAGCCUAUUACAUAGAUUACCUAAAUUAAAAUAUAUCUAAUUGCUCUAGGCUUCCCUUUGCUAUAUGUAAAUACAACACAAUUAACAAAUUAUAUUAUAAAUGAUAUUAUAGGUUCCCAUAUACCCCCCACUCCCCUUCAGCCAUGUGUGAUCUCAAUAUUUUACUUCUUCCGUCUUGUUAUAAUUUGAUAAUUAUUCAAUUGAUUCUGUUAUUAUUUUCUUGCUUACGUUUUACACAUUCUCUAUCAAUGUUUCAAUUCCGGAACCAUAUUUUCCCAUGUAUUCCUUCACUCCAUCCCACUCUCUAAUUAUUCUCUGAUUUGAGUGGCCUCUAAUAAUUGCCGUCAAUUUUGCCAUUUCUACAAGCUCACAGAGAUUGUUUUGCCGUUCUAAUAGUGAUGGGAUUUUCAGGGGGAGGAAGGGACUUUUCAGCGGCCAGCCCUCUCCUGUCUCUGCAGGCCAGAGAAACACAGUCCUGUCUCUCUCUCUCUCUCCCUGCCUUUCCCAGGAAGCCGAGAGCAACCCUCAGUGCCGCCGCCUCCAGCUCAAAGACCUCAUCAUCUCAGAGAUGCAGCGGCUGACGAAGUACCCUUUGCUGCUGGAGAACAUCAUCAAGCACACGGAUGGUAUCUCUCUCUUCAUAUUUGGGUGUUUGUUUGUUUUUUGUGUCUCUUCCUAUUCAAACGUUACACAUUGCAAUCUCCUCUUAAGCACAUUCAACUCGCUGGUUGAAAUUGCACAAAUUAAAUCCAGUCAAGGCUUGGUCUUCUUGGGGUUACCCAGCAGGGAAAUAACUCUUCAGCUCUGUGUCUUGCUUGCUGGGCAAGGCCCACUUGCCCUGUGGCCUCUGGGAGUGCUGGGGAUUCUUGCUGCCUCACCCACGAGCUGUGGGAGCAGCUCCAAGGAGUAGGGCCUACACGACCGUUGUGUAUACAUGGAACUAUUGGAACCAACCCCCCAUGUAAGAUGCAAUUGUACUGUAUUUUUUAACUUGUGUCAGCUUUCUGAUGUUGUGAGUCAGCAUACAUAGAGAUUACGGUGGUGUGUGCGCACUGUGCAUUAGCACCCUGUGGUGCUGUGUCUGUAGAGCGUGGGUGCUAUUCAGAAGCCAAUUUUCACAUUAACCAAUAAGGAUUAUUCUGCAUCAUGUAUCAGAGCUGCUGCUGAUCUGUUUUUCAGAGGUCGUUUUGUUUUUAAAUGCAGCAUUGUUUUUAGAUUGUACAGUGGUACCUCUGGAUGCGAACGGGAUCCGUUCCAGAGCCCCGUUCGCAUCCUGAAGCAAACGCAGCCUACGCGCGUGGGUCGCGAUUCACUGCUUCCACACAUGCGCAUGACGUCAUUUUGAGUGUCUGCACAUGCGCGAGCAGAGAAACCCGGAAGUAACACGCUCCAUUACUUCUGGGUUGCCGCAGAGCUGGGUUGCCGAAAAUAUUCAUCCCGAAGCUACUUCAACCCGAGGUAUGACUGUAGUGGAAGUCACUUUGGGACCACCCUGUGUGUUUUAAACAAAGCCUCCCAGGUUUUCCAUAAACAGAAACAAACUUUGCCAGUGGCCGGCCAGCCCAUCUAAGAGUGCUAGACUCAUAAUCUGGUGAACCGGGUUCGCUUCCCCGCUCCUCCACAUGCAGCUGCUGGGUGACCUUGGGCCAGUCACACUUCUCUGAAGUCUCUCAGCCCCACUCACCUCACAGAGUGUUUGUUGUGGGGGAGGAAGGGAAAGGAGAAUGUGAGCCGCUUUGAGACUCCUUGGGGUAGUGAGAAAGCGGGAUAUCCCUGAUAUUUGAUAUCAGGGAUAUCAAAUCCAAACUCUUCCUCACCUUCAUUGCUUAGGGGAGACCUUGGAGCACAAGAAACUUUGCCAGGCCCGGGACCAGUGCCGAGAGAUCCUCCGGUACGUGAAUGAGGCGGUGAAGCGGGCAGAAAACCAGCAGCGCCUGGAGGUUUACCAGAAGCGCCUAGAUGCCACUUCGCUGGAGCGGACCAGCAACCCGCUGGCUGCGGAAUUCAAGGUACACUUCCCCCUUUGCGCUGCACCCGAGUCCCUGGCUUUAUCCUGCUCGCCUCCUCCUCAAAAUGCUGCCUUUUUCUGCCCCUCCUGUCCAGAACCUCGACCUCCGAAGUCGUCGCAUGAUCCACGAGGGCCCUCUGAGUUGGCGCAUCAGCAAGGAUAAGACUGUGGGUAUGUAGCUGGCAGAAACGAAAGCUCCUCUCAGCGUUUGUGCGUGUUCUCACACAAACAUGGCACGGCCUCUCAGAGUGAAGGCCUGUGUGCGCUUCCUCUGCAGUUGACUUUUCUAAUUUAUAUCCCACUUUCCGAUUAAAACAGUAAUCAAAAGUGUGGAGGGGUUGUAGGAAGAUUGCCUGAGCUGAAAAGCCCUGGCGAGCCAUUGCUGCCAGCCUGAGUAGACAAGACUGAACUAGAUGGACUGAGCGAAGGGGUCAAGAGACAGCUUCCGAAAAGAUUAACAGAACCAAACAAUUUUGGAACAUGGUCCCUAAAACAAGCAGAGCUUUAGCUGUUGAAAGAUCAAAACUGUCAGUGUGUUGUUAUUCAUUCAUUCAAUCAAUCAAUCAUUUAUUUAUUUAAUAAAAUGUAUAAGCUUCUUGUUGUAGAAAGCUCAAAGUGGUUUACCAAAAGACUAAAACAAUAGAAGUCUUUUAAGUAAUUUAAACCAUUGAGAAACUCAAAACACACCAUAGUAUUUAAAGUUCCAGGACAACAGGCCACAGAUUAAAAGGCUCUCCCAGAUCAGCAGCCUUCGGAAGGCUCCAUGGCAGAACACCUGCUUGGAAUGCAGAAGGCCCCACGUUUAAUCCACACUGGCAGCAUCUCCAGGGAGGGAUGGGGAAUGACUCCCUGCCUGAGGCCCCGGAGAGCCAUUGCUGUCCAUCCGUGGCAACAGUCCUGAGCUAGAGAGACCGUCCCUUGUUCCUAUGUCUAGACAGGCCUUAAGUCAGACUUAUAUCAAAGAAAAGUACACGCACAUGUAUAAUGCCGUAGCAGGGAGGGAGUAGUGCGACUCAUGUAACACGUUGGCGAUUAAUAUACAGAACAAUAAUUAUCCAUACUUUAUUGAACUUCUGAGAAAAAUACAAAACAUUAAACAAAGCCACAAAGGCUUGCGAACUACCCAGCCUAAAAUGAACUUAUAAUAUCUGGUUUCAAUAGAUUUUUCAAAUGCUUAACUCCGUCUUUUAGAUAAGUUCAUGAAGAUACCAACAAAAGGUAAGUUCGGUGAUAUUCACAAUACCGAGAGAUGCUAGUAGAAUUGUAGAUAGAUAGGGAAGCAGUGCAUCAUAUAAUACGUUAAAAUUUCAUAUAAUGUAGAACUUGUGGAAAAACAAAAGCCCUGUAAACAGCAAUGAACAGGAUUAGCAAUACUCAAAGCAAUAGGCAAAGUGGUGCUCUUGCCCACCCACUUAUGAGCAGAUCAACAAAACAGGCCUUUUUGUGGCGGCUCCCUGUCUGCACAGUGCUCUCCCCAGAGAGAUCGCCUGGUGCCAUCAUUGCAUGUCUUUAGGCGCCUCUUUACCCAGGCCUUUGGCCAUUAUAUAAUCUGUGGGCUGUUUGUGGGGGGACUUUUAUUAUGAUUAUUUUAUUAAUACGCUAUCUAUUUUACGCUUUUUAUUAUGUAUUUAUUAUUAUGCUCUGAAAAACGUAUUCUUAAUGUUGUACUUAAUGUUAAGGUACGCGGGGGGCGCUGUGGGUUAAACCACAGAGCCUAGGACUUGCCGAUCAGAAGGUUGGCGGUUCGAAUCCCCAUGACAGGGUGAGCUCCCGUUGUUCGGUCUCUGCUCCUGCCAACCUAUCAGUGCAUGCAGUGCAAGUAGAUAAAUAGGUACCGCUCCGGCGGGAAGGUAAACGGCGUUUCCGUGCGCUGCUCUGGUUCCCCAGAAGCAGCUUUGUCAUGCUGGCCACAUGACCCAGAAGCGAGAUGAGCGCCGCAACCCCAGAGUUGGCCACGACUGGACCUAACAGUCAGGGGUUCCUUUAACUUUAAUCUUGUACACCACCCUGGGAUCUUUUGAUAAAGGGCGGUAAAUCCUCCCUCUCUCUCUUAGAUCUGCACGUCUUGCUCCUUGAAGACCUCCUGGUACUUUUGCAAAAACAGGACGAGAAGUUGGUUCUCAAGUGUCACAGCAAGAUGGCGCUGGGCUCCUCAGAUACCAAACAAACAUUCAGCCCCGUCCUCAAACUGAACGCGGUCCUCAUCCGCUCCGUGGCAACAGGUAGGAAGGGAGGCCGUAAAACCACGUGCCCUUAUGCAGAGGUGGGAAGCUAGACAGGCCAUGGCGCCCUGGUGGGUCGACUUUUCCUCCAGCUUGUCUCUCUCCUCCCUACAGAUAAGCGAGCGCUCUUCAUCAUCUGCACUUCUGAAUUGGGACCCCAGAUCUACGAACUGGUAGCUUCGAGCUCUUCAGAAAAGAACACGUAAUAUUUUUAUCUGUUGUUCUCCCACGCGCCCCCGUCUCCUUUGGGUGGGAAGGAGCAGGGAGAUUAAAAGGCUAACUGGCCUCUGGGCAGCCGGAUGAGUCAGGAAGAGUCAAGGAGCCCAGUGUGGCAAACAGACAAUUUAAAAACAAACCAAAGCGUUCCAGAACAGUUAACACACUGUCUCCAGCCCCCCACCCCCAAGAAGUUUUAAUUGAGCUUUGGUAAAUAAUGUAACAAAACUAGAUUCCCCUCGACGGUAACAAAACACCCCUCCCUCAAAACGACCACAGUUAAAAGCGGUUAAAAGUAGUUUCAGUUAAAACAUGCAUGUUUGUCUGUUAUCUUAGAGUAGCAUUGGAAUCCCCUGGGCAAAGAUUCUGAAGAAUAUGAAUAUAUAUAUAUAUAUAUAUAUAUAUAUAUAUAUAUAUAUUGCUUGAUUAUAGAAAAGAAAAAACAGUGAACAAAGAAAAAAACCAAAGGAUAAUACAAAUGACAAAAAAUUAAAUUAACUUCUUACAAUACAACUUCUAUUAAUGACUUCCAGUCACCCCAUCGAGAGUCCCAGGUUUCUUUUGAGUAGCGCACUUUUCAUUAUCACUCCAAACUUUCCCCAAAUGUUUGCUUUAAUAAGGUUUUCUAUGUUCACAGAGGGGUCAUUCUAAGCCAGCCAGAGAAUUCACAUUUUUACAUGCUCUUUUAAGAUACUUUCUGUAAAUGUCCCACCCUCUAGUAAAUGUUUGUUCUGUAUUAAAAGAUGCUGAUGAAAUAAAUGUGGGGUCUCCCUGCCUUUCAGGAUGGCAAAUCAAAGGCACUCUGUUCUCUUUGGGGGCUUUUAGAGAGUCUUUCUUUUUCUCCCCUCUCCCCCCCUUAACUUGGCAGGUGGAUGGAACUAUUGGAAGAGGCGGUGAAGAGCGCCACCCGCAACGCCCCCCUGCCUGCCAAGCGGCAUUCCCAGGAGCUCCCCCUGCACCCAGCGGCUCCUUCCAGGUAAGGGGGGACCCUCACCCCCAGCUCCUCAAGGCAGGAGACCUUUUGCAGGGAACUGCAAAGGGAGGCUGAGGUUAGAUGAACUUAGUGUGUGCUUUUUUUUCCUUAAAAAAAGUCUGUGAAUCCUGCUUUGCAGGAACUUUAUUAAAUGAGCAAAACAUGCCCCUCAACCGUACCUCUUAACCUCCACAUCUUCUUCUUCCCCACCUCAAAUAAACAUAGCUGCCCUAGGAAUUACAGCCAGUAGGGUGUCAAGAGCUGUUUUCUCACUCCAGCUUUCCUGGGCAAACUUUUGGGAUAUUAAAAUGGGGGUUCUGCAGAUGGGCUAUUCCUCCCCCACCCCCCGUUGCUGCAUUUAUGGACAUCUUGGAGGUCCCAGGCCACAGAGAGGUUAGGCUGGCCUCAACCAGAGCCAGGGCUUUUUCGGCCGUGGCCCCGAUCUGGUGGAACUCUCUGUCACAAGAGACUAGGGCCCUGCGGGACUUGACAUCUUUCCUGCAAGAUUGAGCUGUUCCACCAGGCCUUUGGCCAGGGCACAGUCUGACCCCCUCCUUUGGCAAUCCUCACAGAACUCUGGCCCAAUGGUUGCCAUUAAUUUGAUUCUGAAUUGAUUUUAGAAUGUAUUUUAAUUAAUUGAUUGUGAUUUUAUGUAAACUCUGCUAUUUUUAUGGUUGUUAGCCACUCUGAGCCCAGCUUUGGCUGGGGAGGGCGGGAUAUAAAUAUAUUAUUAUUAUUAUUAUUAUUAUUAUUAUUAUUAUUAUUAUUAUUAUCUUUGUCCUUCCUCUUCAGCCUAGUACUCCAGGAUGCUGACAUCUCCCCCAACCUGGCCCCAAGCACCUCUGCGUCCACCCAGGAAGAGGACAUUUCAGGUGAGUGGCUGGCGGUUGCCCUGGGAUGGAGGUGGUGAUGGGGGGCAGUCUCAGCCCCAGCAGCCGAGGUCCAGCAGGGUUGCAAGGCAUUCUGGGAGUAUCCUGCUGCUCCCUAUUGAAGAUAUUUGAGGGGGAUAUUUUCUGUUGGUUGCCAGAACCUCCUUCUCACACACAAACGGGCUUCUUUGUCUUUGGGGCAUGGAUGGGGGGGGCACUGUUUCAGGGCUCCAAAGCUUCCUUUCUCUCUCCCAUUUCCCCCCGCUCUUCCCCCCAGCAGAUGUUGUAAACAAAAUCUGCCCUUAUUCCCAUAUGGGGUAUCCAAGAGCCCAUAUAGAGUCCUUACGUGGGUUCCCUGUUGGUAGGAGAAAAUAACAGAGGCCAACCAGAGAAUAUUGAGAAGCAAAGCAGCUAGUAAGCUUGAUCUUUAUUAAAGAUGUCGCCACAGGGUGCUCCCCUCACACGCAGGAAAGGAGGAGGAACCCAGAACAAUGGUGUGUAAGCCCUUAUAUAGACAUUUUAAAUUGCCCGCCCUGGAGCUCAAGACCACCCCCAGAUACAUCAUAUCUACAUCACAGAAAGGGCGGUCUACAGCAAAAAUCUGAGUUCGUUGUUUAUCUCCUGUCUGGCAGGCUAUCUGAUAAUGCCUUAUCUGAUUCCCUUUCCUGGUAGUCUGCCUGUUCCUUUGAAAUGGUGAUUACCCAAUUCCUGCCCUCCCUCCUUGCAGAGAAAACAUUUGGUCAGUUUGGGAGUCAAAAUGGUUUCAGGGCGGUCUUCCUGUGCCGCUCCAGACAUGUGGUCCCCAUAUCUAUGUUUGUGCUUGAUUGGUACAUUUGUGAACAUUUAUUAUAUAUAUAAGACCUUAAAUUUUUUAUUAUGCAGACGAUACCCCAACAGACACCCUGGCUGAGGAGAGACCCCUUGCACUGGCGGAAGAGCCAGAGGCUGGAGGCAGCGAGGAAAAGGAGCAGGAUGAGGAAGGCCUGUGUCCUGCUUUGUCGCCGUUCCCCACUGGGGAGAUGGAGCUUCCUCCUGAGGAGACCCUGGAGGGGCCUGAUGAACAGUCGCAGCCGCUUCCAGAGGCUGCCUUUCCCGGGUUCCUGGCAGAGUCAGCCUUGCAGGACGGUGAGAGCCAGAUUUCUUCUCUACCUUUAUGUGUCUUGUCUUUGCACUGGGGGGGGGGGGGAGAGGCUCAGGGUGGGCAGCCUUUGGCCUGAUUUCAUCCCGUGCCAUACACCUGGAUUUUCCUGGAUGUACCUGGAUUUCAAAGGUGAAAUUGAUGUCCGGGGUGGUGGGGAUUUGUGAAAGGCGGCGCUUCAUCUUGGAUCUUAGACAAGUUUUUGUAAAUAAAAAAGCUCAAUAACUUUUUUGGGGAGGUCCUAGUUUUUAUGCCAACCCUCCCCUUGAGUAUCAUUGCGACUGUCCCUCUCCUGGCCCAUCCUGCUUUCCCUCAGCCCUGAAAGGGUCCUUGAAUGCAGAGGAAACUCAAAGCAAAAAUUUGCGGGAAAAUGGGAUGGUUAUAGAAGAUACAUUCAAAAAUACAAUAAUAGUUUUGACUCUGUGCUAGCAUUCAAGUGACAAAGGAAGUAAAAGGAGUUGGAUAACAGUUAAGGAUUUAUUAUGUUUUCUGAAUGUAUUGGAAAAUUUAUACAGAAAGGUUUUUUGUUUUGUGUACAUUCAGUUGUAAGAUAAAACAUAUGCAAAGGGACUUGACAGGAAGUCAGAAUUGAAGAAAAGAUUUUGUAAGAUAAAAGGGGGAACAUAUUUAUUUUCAUUAUUAUUAUUAUUAUUAUUGUGUGUGUGUUGUAUGGAAUGUUUGGGAGGAAAUAAGAUGGUAAAUAACAAAUAACAAACAAAAUAUUGAUGUAUGUAAUUUUUAUUUCUCAAUUAUAUUUUGUGGUAGUAUGGUUGUAAUAUUUUUUUUGUAACAUAAAAUCAUGCAAUAAAAAAUAUUAAAGAAAGAAAGAAAGAAAGAAAGAAAGAAAGAAAGAAAGAGUCCUUGAACAUGGUGGCGGAAGACGAAGGCCCCCUCCCUGGUCCAAGGAGAGGCCAGCUUCAGCCCACCUGUGGGAUUUAAACGACAGCCUCCCUCCCUUCUCUUUCCCCUUGCAGUCGAGACCCUGAGGCAUCUCCUCCUGCGCAGCUUCCUCCCCUGCCGGGACGCUGACCCCGAGGAGGACCUGACCCCCACCCCUUCGGUGGUCGGGACCGGCCAGCCUUGGGACUCUGCGCUGGCCAGUCAGGACUCGGGCAGCCAGGAGGAGCCGUCUGUGGAGAGCAGCGGAGCCGUGGAGCUGCCCGAAUCUUCAGCAGCGGAGCCAGAGGGGGGCAGUGCUGGGCCGGAGGCCAGAGGCCCCCAAAGCACCGAGGAAGGGGAAGGGACAGAGCCUCAUGGAGACGAGAGGACGACAGACCCCUCCUCCGGCCAAGGGGUUGCUGCAGAAGGUGAACGACAGGGCAGCGGCAGCAGCUACAAAGUGGUGCGGAAAGGUACGUCUGUGACUCCUGCCCCAGGGUGUGUGUGUGUCUGGCAAAGAGGUUGGCGGGAGGGGUGGGGGGCGUCCUCCCUGAGUUUCCCCUGCCAGGGGUAGAGCUGAUGCAGGUUGUUAACGGAGAAAUCUGAGGGCUCCCUUGGACGAAAAACAAGGACACCAGCCAGGAAUCCCAGAGCAAAACAGCAGCCAGGAGGCUUGGUCUUUCUUGAAGACGGUCGUGACAGGACUCCCACCUGCCACCAGGUGGAACAAGAUGGAAGCCCUGAACAAAAGAGCCCCCAAACUUUUAUUAGCUGCUCAUCCCCAUGUUGCACCCCCCCCAACCGACAUCACGGUUACAUCAUGAAAGGGGAGGUCUGGUGGCCGUAAUCUGAGCAUCCUGGACCCUGCCCCAUGGUUCCCCUUGCCCUCCACCAAACACCCAUCAAGUGGAACAAAGAAGAUCUUGACAUUUCCCUGUUUCCCAGCCCAGUUCAUCCCACCCUUUGGUCUUCAUCUGGGUUUGUUAUUUAUGGAAUGGCUACCUGUCUGGCACUCAGGUAUCAGGAUGCCAGGGAAUAUCACUCAGGCAGAGGGGCUGCUGAGGAGCUGAGCUCACAUCUCUAGAUGAAUUUCUGAAGUUUUCCCAGUGAGCCAGUACAGAGAUACAUUGAUCAGUGAAUUCUUACAUUUGGUAUCGUGCAGCAGAGGCCCUUUGAAUAGAUAGGAAGAAACUGUGAUGAAGCGUUUUGUGGGGACAAAUCACAAAAGUGAUUGUGCUGAUUCUGGUAGUGGGCUGCAUGUGCAGGAUAUCUGCUGGAGGGGCAACCCCCCCCCCACCUAGACAUAAAUUCCUGCAACGAGGUCCUGGGUGAAUAUUUGUGACUGUGAAGAACAGGGCCAAGCAUGGCACUCAGCUGCCAGGCUGUCCCUUGCGCCAGCUCCUGGCCCGUUAGGAUUGCCUGGAGGAUGGAGGCGGCUUGUGCCAUCUCAGACAGCCAGCGAGCUCCUGGGCAUUUUAUGAGUGAAGACGAGGGGAAAUCCAUCUGCCAGGAGCCUCAGAGGCUGCAGACUAACCAACCUCCCUGCUCUGGAACCUGCAAGCGUGCCGGAAGACGCCGCAAGAGGGUGAUGGGGCCAGGAUCGUGGGGCCUGCGGAUCGUGGCCUCCUUUCUCCUCUCCUUCCUGGGUGCAGCUGGCUCUUGCUCAGACCUCUCUUAGCUUUAACCUGCAUGCGCUUGACUCCUAGGCUUCUCUCAUUCCCCUGCCCUCCCAUCUGGGCACUUCCUCCUGGGUGUUCUCUGUUGGGUGAUGGGCACUUCCUGUGAUUCAAGGUUUUGAUCACGCUUCUCUCCUCCCUCCCCCCCUCUCCCCCCCGCCGGUGUCUCCUUGCACAGCAGAGGUGGAGGGAACUAACGGUGCUUUGCCUUUGACAGACGGCAGCCAGGCUGGUGGCGCGACUCAUGCAGAUGGUAAAGAAAGUCUUUCUUCCCCUGCCUGGUGACGGGAAGGGCUUGGGGAGAUGGAAGGGGUGUCCUGGGGGCAAUGCGUGUGUCUUAGGGGUGGCCACAAUGUGCAGGAAGGCCCUGCUCACCCCCCCUGUGGGACCGCAGUCUGGCCAGACAAGUGCGCUCUCUCUCUCUCUCUCUCUCUCUCUCUCUCUCUCUCUCGCUGAACACCCGGCUGCAACUGUAAUAAUAAUAAUAAUAAUUUAUUUGUACCCCACCCCUCUGGCUGGGUUUGCCCAGCCACUCUGGGCGGCUUCCAACAGAAAUUAAAAAUACAUCAAAAUGUCACACAUUAAAAAUUCCCUGAACAGGGCUGCCUUCAGAUGUCUUCUAAAAGUCUGGUAGUUGUUUUUCUCUUUGACGGGUGGGCGUUCCACAGGGCGGGCGCCACCACCGAGAAGGCCCUCUGCCUGGUUCCCUGUAACCUCACUUCUCGCAGUGAGGGAACCGCCAGAAGGCCCUUGGAUCUGGACCUCAGUGUCCGGGCAGAGUGAAGGGGAUGGAGACGCUCCUUCAGGUAUACUCCCAACUGGCGCCCAUCACUCAACAUUCAUACCGCCAGCCAAUCCUCACUUGCCAACAACACUCCAAACUCCCCCCACGAAUCCCUGCCUGACAGGAUCCCCUUUCCUUGUACUACCAGUAUUGAACUGACACCUUCGUUCCUUUGGUAUUUGCGUGUCACAACUUUGCGUGCGCCAAAAGCAGCAGAACGUCACAGCCAUUUCCCACUUCUUUUACAUCCUUCCAAAGGCAGAUUGCACUAAGCCCCCCAGCCCAAUUCCACCCUCUGUCCUCCCCUCACCAGCCCCAUUUCUGCAAGUGCAGCCUGCCCGCCCACCCUCUAUCCCUCCAAGGUCAGACACGGGCCCUGUGGCUGGGCUGGUGUGUGUGGAAGCUCCUUCAACCUUCCCGCUGGCCUUUGCUUCUCUCCGUGGGAUGGGGUGGGGAGGGAAGCGAUUCUUGGCCAAGGCACCCCUGUGGGGUCCAUCUACCUCAGUGUUGCCUACACUGGCUGGCAGCAGCGGCUCCCCAGGGUUUCAGAACUGAGACGGCCUGCAACUCUUCCUGGAGAUGUUGGCCAGGGACCUUCUGCACUCCAAGCAGGUCCCCUUCCGACUCAGAUUGUGGCAGCCCCUUCUCUAAAACAAAUGUAAGAUUUCGAUCCAGAGGGGGUGAUUUAAAUAGGAAGCUGCCUUACACUGAGUCAGGCUAUCGGAUCACAUGAACCGCGUGUUUCUCCAGGGGUUCAGGCAGGGAAUCUUUCCCGGACUUAUUCGGAGUUACAGGUGAAACUCGAAAAAUUAGAAUAUCGUGGAAAAGUUCAUUUAUUUCAGUAAUUCAACUUAAAAGGUGAAACUAAUAUAUGAGAUCGACUCAUGACAUGCAAAGCGAGAUAUGCUUCUACUUCUCAGAGGUCCAAUCUUGCUCAAUUUGCAAUCCUUGUUUUGCUGAUUUCCUUGAAUAUUCUAAUUUUCUGAGAUUGUUAAUUUGGGGUUUUCAUAAGCUGAUCAUCGCAGUGAUAACAAAUCAGGGCUUGACGUAUCUCACUUUGCAUGUCACGAGUCUGUCUCAUAUAUUAGUUUCACCUUUGAAGUUGAAUUGGUGAAAUAAAGGAACUUUUCCACAAUAUUCUAAUUUUUCAAGUUUCACCUGCACUACCAGGGAUUGAACCUGGAACCUUCUGCAUGCAAAGCAGGUGUUCUCUGCCUGUCCUCCAUGGUGGCUCUUCCCCAGUGUGGGCACCCCCCCUCUUUUCUUCCCUUCCCCUGUCGGCUCUUCGCCCCCACGUCUCCCUCCGACUAACGCUCCCCUCCGUCUCCUUCCCCCAGGGAACUACUUCUACGUGAGCUUGCCGGCGGGUCCUGAGGAAUGCCAGCCGGACGCCAGGAGCCCCAGCCCCAUGGAGCCUGCCCGUCCUUCCAGCCCACCAAAGAGCUCCCCUCCUGCUGCCAGGCCGCCCCACAGGUGGCAUCGUGCCAAGGAGAGCCCGGCAGCAGGCUGGCUUGGCCACUUGGAAGGCCCGCCAGCCGCCCCAGAUCUCUCCCCCUCCAGCCAAGUGGUCCGGGAUGUGGACGUCAUCUUCCAGACGAUAGAGCAGCUUUCCCUGAAGCUCACCAGGCUAAAGGUGAGGGGUGGGGGGCGGCUUGGGGGGCAAGAAGGAAACCCUUGGUGCUCUGUCACCAGCAGGAAAGCUUUCAGCCACCUGCAUGUGGCCUCUGUUGUGAGAGGCAGGGCAAUGGGUUGAAAUGGGCUGGGGGAAUGAAUGCUGUGUGCCUUGGGACGGGGAGAGAAUCAAAGCAGGCACAGAGGGUGGUCUCCAGCCUUGCCAGUCAUGUCGCCCUUGGACUGAAAAAGAGCCCCCCCCCCCCGCCCCAACUGAGGACCUAAUGGGGGGAAAGACGUGGAACACGUAAUUGAAUAAGCCCAGUGGCCCUUCUUCUCAGGCAUCCCUAAUGGCCCCUUCUUCUGUAGUGGUCAGAUGGCAUUACUAUGAGGAAUUAUAAAAUAUGCAUCAAGCCAUUGUGUCAGCGAUGAAAGCAUUGAGUUGACUGGGUUUGAUUCAUGGACAGUAAUUUCUGGUCAAAUCCCACAAGUCUCUCCAUCUAUGCCAUUUGCUUUCUCUACACCUGACAGGCACGUCUAAGCAUUCUGAAACACAGGCCGGUUGCUUCCUCAGGCAUCCUCAGUACAUGAAGAUAGUAGGUCACUUUGAUGUAGUUUAAUCUUUAGAUAGAUCUUAAGGGCCAGGAAGAGAGUUCACAAGGAGAUGGUAAAUACUGCCAUCCUGUCUCUCCUGUUUAUGACCUCUGGGGUUUUGCUGAAUGCAUUCCUCCUUAUAUUCCUAUUUCAUUUACUCUGGACUACUAUGCAUGCUCAAGUAGGAAAUAGUUUCUUUGUAGUUUUAACUUUAACUUUGUCCCACGUGGGGUUUUUGAAAUGCUCAGAGGAAAUUGAUUGGUUCUUAUGAACACUGUGUAAAAAGUUCUUUUGUGAAUAAAACUCACCUGGGCCAAGGAAUUAUCAUACACACUCCUCCCAGAGUCUUGCUGGUCAAGCCUUGUGUGUAUUCUAUUCAUCAGAGUCCAAUCCUUCCUUGUUUUGGGAACGCUACACCUUCCCCUCUCUCUCUUUGGGGUCUUGUAGGAUGUUGAGAAGGCCCACCAGGAGCUGCUACAAUCCUUGAGUGGCGGCUCUACCACAGACAGCUCCACGCCGGUGGGCUGCGUGCCACCGGAUCUGAGCCAACCGCUGCCGGGCAGCCGCCGAGUCUCCAGAGCCAGCGAUGAGGACCUUCUGCCCUCCCCACAAUCUCCGGCGGAGGCAGCAGCUGCGUUGGGUAAGAAGCCCCCCGUUUGCACCCUCCUCUUUUGCUGCGGACACCUCUCUCCACCUGCAGGAGAUUGGGGGCUCCCCAACCCCUUUCCGCCUGAGGGGGAGAAACUCCUGCUGUGCUUGGCUGCUCUUCAGAGUGUUGGUGCUGACCUUGAAAGCCCUAAACGGCCUCAAAGGCCCAGUAGACCUGAAGGAGUGUCUCCACCCCCAUCGUCCAGCCCGGACACUGAGGUCCAGAUCUGAGGGCCUUCUGGCACUUCCCUCCCUGAGAGAAGCCAAGUUACAGGGAAGCAGGCAGAGGGCCUUCUUGGUGGUGGCACCCGCCCUGUGGAACGCCCUCCCGCCAUAUGUCAAAGAGAUAAACAACUACAGUGGUACCUCGGGUUACAAACACUUCAGGUUACAGACUCCGCUAACCCAGAAGUAGUACCUUGGGUUAAGAACUUUGCUUCAGGGUGAGAACAGAAAUCGCGCGGCGGCAGCGGAAGGCCCUAUUUGCUAAAGUGGUACCUCAGGUUAAGAACAGUUUCAGGUUAAGAACGGACCUCCAGAACGAAUUAAGUUCUUAACCCCAGGUACCACUGUACCUGACAUUUAGAAGACAUCUGAAGGCAGCCCUGUUCAGGGAAGUUUUUAAUGUGUGACAUUUUGAUGUAUUUUUAAUCUUCGUUGGAAGCCGCCCAGAGUGGCUGGGGAAGCCCAGCCAGAUGGGCAGGGUACAAAUAAUAAAUUAUUAUUAUUAUUAUUAUUAUUAUUAUUAUUAUUAUUAAAGUGUGUCCCCCCUUCUCUCUCCCUUCCAGGCCAGAUCUCCCUUUCUGAAGACAGCCCCCAGGAGGUGACCCUUUAGGAAGGGGCAUUUUGCAACUGGACGGACUGAAGGCAGGCAGCAGGCGGACUCGCUCGCGGGCAGAUCGCCGCCCCCCCCUUCCCUGCCCACUUUGGGGGUCUCUGGGUUGAACUGAGGAGGGGGCGGGGGUCCUGUAGCGGCCAGCGUGAGAAGCGGCAAGACCUGCGAUGGAGCAGAAGGAAAACUGGAAUCCCUGGGAUGCACAUGCUGGAUUAAUCUGAACCCUGGAAAACAAGAAUAUCUGUGGGGCUUCCCAGGAGGGACAGCCAGGCUCCCGGAGAGUGUGUUUUUUUUGGGGGGGGGCUUAAGGUGGAGAGAGCACCCGCUUCUCUCUCUCUCUCUCUGCCUGCAUGUCUCUUCCAUUUUGGGUAGGGGGUAGCUUCCAUUUGCUCCCCCCCAACCGCUGAAUCAAUCGCGUACAUAUGCACACCUGCAUAUGCGCCCCACAGGCUGGCUUUUCCAAUGUACAUGAAAGCUGGAAAUAUAUUCUGUAUAAUUGCACUUUUUUUCCAUUUUGUUUAUUUUUGUUUUUCUCUCCACGGUGAGGAAGACCCCGUCCCCACUGGAGAGAUUUCCCAGCUGCUUCCAGACCUUAUUUGAUAUAAAUAUGUAUGUAUAUGCAUUGAGUUAUUGUAAAUAUAUGAGGAAGUUGUUGGUUUUUUUUAAAAGAUAUGCCUCCAUUACCCUGAUGGAUAUCUAGAAGACUGGAAAGACCCACGACCCCCGUAGCCCAGACUGGGGUGGUGGGGGGCAGCAAAGACCACUGCAACUCUCAGGGCGUGACAGUGACAGAUCGAGCAGCAGCCCAAAGGGAUCAGGCAGGCAACGGCCGCCCCCCCCGUGCCCCCACCCCAAACCCUCUCGGGGCAGAAUGGCUGCCCUUCACCCCACAAGCACCGCUGUCUUCCGCUCUGGCACUCACUUCGCGAGAGGUGGGCGAGGGCUGGGAUGUGGGGGCACCUGCCUUGCAGAUAGGGUCCUCCUGCUGUUUUAUUUGGGGAGGGGGCGCCUGCUGGUGCUACGACAAUCUGCCCCCCUCCCCAGUCGCCCUUUCCUCCCGCGGCCGCUCUGGCUUUGCCACGGUGCAGGCGGCGUUUGGGCUGGAGCAGAGGGCAGGCGACCCCUCUUGGUACUCAGGCUUGCCACCCCCCAACCCCCACCCCCAACCAGCCUGGCCGGGCCGUGCAGAUUCCUGGGGGGGCCUCCCUGGCUCCAGCUGCAAGUCCCUCGCAACCCCCCCCCCGCUUGCUGAAACAGGUGGAUGAGGCAUAGAAGAUUAUAUAUAGAUAUAUAUAUAGAUAUAUAUAUAUGUUUAAAAAAAAAUAAGAUGCCAGACUGUUUGCUGUUCAAUCCGCUAAAAGCCAAUUUUAUUUUCUUCCUUCCGAUGGUAAAGGUUUGUGGUUUUUGUUUUUUUGUUUUUUAAGAAAAGUGGGGGGGAAAGUAAAAUAUUAUUUGACCUCC